CUUUACUGACGCAUGCUCCGUGCGUUCCGCCGAUGGGAGCUCCGAUGGGUUUCCUGCUCUAAAGCCUCCGAACAAAUAAUUCGCGAUCCGAUUAGGCGACUGAACACGAAACCGGUCAGCUAUAAACUGCGUGUCGGCACUAUUAAGACGAUAUAUAUGCGGUACCGGUUAUGAGGAAAAGGCGAUCAUACUGGGGAGCAACAUCACGGAAAAUCGGAGUCUGCCCUUCAAUACACAGUCAUGGGGACUGAGUCCCUCCCAGCCUACGUGCGAGUUACUGGUAUUUGGACUCUGCUGUGUGGUCUUAUCUUCUGGGGUGGGACCUCCAGCUGCCAGCCAACCUCCCAGGCGACUGAGUACGACGUGACCGUUCCCAGGAAGGUCGAGAGGCAGAGGCGAGAUGUGGUCGAGGCAGCCUCAAAUCAGGUGUCGUACAUCAUCAGCAUCCAGGGGAAGGACCGCGUUGUGGUCCUGGAGAAAAAUGAACUCCUUGUUCCUGAGGACUUCACUGUGUAUACAUACGCCAAAGAUGGUACCAUGGUGACGGAAACGCCGCCAGUGCAGCACCACUGUCACUACCAGGGCUACGUGGAGGACGCUCCUGGCUCUGCUGUGGCCCUUAGCAUCUGCUCUGGCCUGAGGGGUGUUCUGCAUGUGGACAACAGCAGCUAUGGAAUGGAACCCCUGGCCAACUCCAGCAGCUUCCAGCACUUGGUGUACAGACUUCAAGAUGUACCACUGAUGUGUGGAACACCACACCCUGAGCAUGGCCAUUUCAACACAACGCAGGCCCAGCCCUUCAGCCAAGCGCGCAGGAGUAAAAGAGCAGUACUCCACCAGACUCAUUUUGUGGAGCUGUUUGUCGUGGUGGACAACGAGAGGUUUACAUACAUGACCAGGAACCAGACGGCUGUGCGGGACGAGAUGGUCCAGCUCGCCAGCUAUGUGGACAGUAUGUAUGUGGCUCUGAACAUCCGCGUCGUCCUGGUCGGGCUGGAGAUCUGGACCCAGCAGAACCUUAUCAACACAGAGGGUGGUGCCGGAGAGGUUCUGGGCCGCUUCGUCCAGUGGAGGGAACAGGUUCUGGGAUCACGACGUCGACAUGACAGUGCACAGCUCAUACUGAAGAAAAGCUUUGGUGGGACGGCAGGCAUGGCCUUCGUCAGCACAGUCUGCUCACGCAGCCACGGCGGGGGAAUCAAUGCGUACUUCGGCUCCGACGUCCUGUCACUGGCAUCCAUUGUGGCCCACGAGCUGGGCCACAACCUGGGCAUGAAUCACGACGACGGGCGGAGCUGUCUGUGCGACACAGCCAGCUGCAUCAUGAGCUCCGGUACCACAGGCUCACGAAACUUCAGCAGCUGCAGUUCAGAUGACUUUGAGAAGAUGAUUCUGACCGGUGGUGGCAGCUGCCUGCUGAACGUGCCGAGGCCUGAUGAGGCCUACAGCGCCCCCUACUGUGGGAAUAAGUUGCUUGAUGUUGGGGAGGAGUGUGACUGUGGCUCUGAAAAGGACUGCGAGACGGACCCCUGCUGUGAGGCGAAGACCUGCAAGCUGAAGCCAGGGGCUCAGUGUGCAGACGGCGUUUGCUGCAAGAACUGCAAGUUCACGCCCGCUGGCACCGAAUGCCGCUCCGUCCGGGACGAAUGCGACCUGCCGGAGUUCUGUAACGGCUCUUCGCCAUUAUGCCAGGCAGACGUAUUCAAGCAGAACGGGCACCUCUGUCGGGAGGGCAGGGCCUACUGCUAUAAUGGUCGGUGCCGGCACUACGACGGGCAGUGCCAGGCCAUCUUCGGACCCAAAGCGAAAGCAGCACCCGAGGUCUGUUUCAGAGACGUCAACCUGAAGGGGGAUCGGUUUGGGAACUGUGGCUAUCAGGGCAUGGGGUACAAGAAGUGUGAAAUCAGGAACGCCAUGUGCGGGAAGCUGCAGUGUGAAAACGUGCAGUCAGUCACUGUGUUCGGCAUCGAACCCUCCAUCAUCCAGACGCCCAUCGCCGGCACCAAGUGCUGGGGGGUGGAUUUCCUGCUGGGCUCAGACGUGCCAGACCCGGGCAUGGUUAACGAGGGCACCCGAUGCGGGGAGAACAAGGUCUGUUUGAAUUACCAGUGUGUGAGUGUUGAUGAGCUGAAAUACGACUGCGACAUCCAGAAUAAAUGCCACAGCAACGGGGUUUGCAACAGCAACAAGAACUGUCACUGUGAUAAUGGCUGGGCCCCACCCACCUGUGAAAUCAAAGGCUACGGGGGCAGCGUGGACAGCGGCCCCACCUGGAACCAGAACACCUCCCUGCGGGACGGUCUGCUGGUCUUCUUCUUUGUGGUCCUGCCCCUGAUGGGUCUCUGCCUCUACAUCUUCUUCAGAAGGAACCUGCUACGACAGCGGCUCUGCAGAAAGAAGAACUCCCGAGCCUACGAAGAGGAGUGUGGGCCACAGACGAACACCAGCCGAGGGCCUCCAGGGGCAGGCGGGCCCAGUCGGGCCGUCAGAGAAGGAGUCACGCAGGUGGGCAGCAGGUCCGCAGCGCCAUCGCACGCUGCCAAGCCCCCGCCACCCCCACCACACCCGCGACCUGCACCGAUACCUCAUCUAGUGCCUCAGAGGCCUGCUCCACUGCCUCCAACACAGUGGGGCAAGGAGGAUCAGUGGCAAAAAAAUUCCUAUGACCCUUGACCUUUCACGACAUGUGCCAACUGGGAGGCGAGUCCUCAGACUGGGUUUGAGUAGCUGGAAGCAGUGAGAAGUCUGAGUGUCCUCACCAUAUCGGGGGUUUUCCCCCCCAGGCUGGACUAAACGCCGGAAUCACCUGCCACAGUAUCUGCUCGCAAUAACUGUGCAGCACACGGUGCCUGGGGCCCCAUCCCAGGACUCAGCAGCUGCCUCACGCAAUCUUCCACAAAUGUCAAGAAGCAUGGAUGAAAUGUGUGCAUAAAAUGUACAGUGAUAAAGUAAUUUUACCCUCUAUGAAUUCUGUAGUUUUAUAUAACAGGACAUAACAUAAAAUCAUCUGGUCCCUGCCAGGUCAUAAAAUUAGAUAAAUCUAACCUCAGGUGACACAGAACGAUAUUGUCGAUAUGUCAAUAUUUAUUUACCAAAAAAAAAAGCCAACCAGCAGAAGCCAUGUGUGGAAAAGUAAGUACGCCCCAUGAUUCAGUAACAUGAAGAACCACCUUUAGCAGCGAUAAGUUUGAGUAAUUCUUUUCUGCUUGUUUAUUCAGUUCAAUUUAAUAUGUAUACAAAUAGCACCUGCUAAACUAUAAUUGCUCCCAGGAGCUUUACAUUGGUGUGAUGUAAUACAUCACUGCAUCAUUUAUACAGCGUAAUUAAAAAACUGGGGGAAAAAUGAAGACAAAGUUGCAUGUUAUCUGUUACCUGUUAUCUGUAUCACUACAGAAAACACUUGAGCAGAGCAAGAAUCUUGGUUUGGAAGAAUUUUGGUCAUUCUUCCUUACAGCUUCAGCCCAUUGACGUUUCAGGGCAUUCCUACAGGCACAGCUCCCUUAAAGUCCAGCUUCAGCAUCUCUGGGGGCUUGAGUCUGAAGCAUGAACCGAGACUCGUUUCAUAUAUGGUGUGUUUGUGAUCACUUUCUUGUUCCAUGGGCCAAUGUCAGCCCGGCUUCAGCUGCCAGACCGAUGGCCUCACAUUUUCCUAUAGAAUAUUACUGGUUUUUUUUGGACAGUACAAACUUUCCUUGGCUACCUUUCCAUGACUCUCACUACACUUACUACAUACUUAGAGUAAUGAACUCAAAUGACAAAAUAACAUGGCAAUUGAUUGCUGAGAAUUAUAGUCUGACAGGUGACUGUCUUUAUGUAGAAUUUUCUUUAUUUUAAAUAAUCCUUUUCGCUGUUUAAUCCAUCCCAGAUAGAUGAACAGAAACAGUCUCCGUUUUGAGAUCGUUGCUGAUGUCUUUUCUCCUUAGCAUGGUCUUGAAACAAACCUGAAUGCUCCAAACCAGCAAACUGCCAAAAGUUCUGCUUAAAUAGAAGUGGUCACACGUUCUGAUGACCAAGCGAUGAAGUGCAUUUGAUUAGCAGUGCCUAGCUGCCAGUUAGCUUCUCAGUAAGCGCAAACUGUUCCCACAAGGCUUCUACAUUAUGGCUUGGAUUAUAUUUGAUAAGCAAUGACAUUUUGAAAUGCGUUGCAUUUUGUUACCUGCAGUUAUUCUGAGAUAUAAUUCUGUUUAUGCAAAACCACAGAAACAAAUGAGCACAUCCUCAUUUUCACAUCACUGUAGUUUUUUAUUGAGAGGGUGUUCAGCAGUUUUGAUCCUUACUUAAUGUAGAAUGUGUUUGUCUAGUUUGAAAUUUCAUUCUUAUUUGAAAUGUUGAUAUUAUUACACCUACCAGCCGUCUGUGAUUUUUUUUAAUAAUGUUUAAGUUUCCACAUUUUGUAUGUAUUUUAAUGCAUCCUUGCUGAAAUGCUAUCUACUUAUUUGCUUAUGUGUAAAAGAAGUAUUCAUUCAUGUUUCCUCCCAAACUGCAUCUGUGAUCCUGACUUGCAUGUAACCAAUAAUUCACCCAGUAAGUGACAUUAUGGUUAAUGGCUCGGACUGUCAAACAAAGGGCUGUUUAAAUUGCAUAGAAUCCUUGUUUAAGUGCUAAGAAUCAUACAUUAAAUUACAAUUCAGGAGCAGUAUCAGGCUGUACAGGUUGAGACACACCGUUGUGAUUUCGAUAAAUGUGUUUUCUAAACACUCAAAA